AUGUAAUAUUCUCAAUCAAAAUAGAAGUAUAGGAAAUCUACUAGUUCGCCAAUUCUAAGAUCCCAGAGUCUCCCAGCAAUAAAUGAAUUGAAAUUUGCAAUGAGAACCAGAGCAGGGAGCGAUUAAUAGCAUUCAGUCAAGAUCAACUAGGACAGUUUUAUUGCUUGUCGAUUUAAUGGCUAUUAAUUCUUUGCUAUUUGUGAUGGUCAUGGUUAAAAUGGGCAUCUAGUCUCAUAAUACCUAAAGAAGAACAUCCCAAUCAUUCUAAGGAACUAUCUAAAAGACAUGUCAUUGAAUUCAGAGGGUAUCAAUUAAGCCAUAAUUCGAUCAUUCUUAAAAAUCAAUAAAGAACUACAUUAGAGCAAUAUUGAUACCACUUUGGCAGGAUCCACUAUCGUAUCAAUCUUGAUUAAAGAUUAACAAAUAUUUUGUGCAAAUGUUGGUGAUUCAAGAGCAAUCAUUUGUCAAAAAGUCAAUACGUGGAUGGCCAUUUAAAUAAGUAUUGAUCAUAAGCCAAAUAAUGCCAAAGAAAGAGCCAGAAUUAUCAAUGCUGAUGGCAGAAUAUCUCACAGAAAGACUUUAGAAGGACAUCCUGCUGGUCCAGAAAGAGUGUAUCUCGCAUUUUCAGACACUCCAGGACUAGCAAUGACGAGAAGUUUUGGGGAUAAAAUAGCAGCAAAAGUAGGAGUUAUAGCAGAACCAGAGAUAUUAGAAUUUAGGAGAACCAAGGCUCAUAAAUUUAUUGUACUUGCCUCCGAUGGAGUUUGGGAUUAACUAUCGAAUGACGAAGUUAUGGAUUUGAUUCUGCCAUAUUAUAGAGAUAAAUAAGUUGAAUUAGCCAGUGAACGAAUAGUGAGGGAAGCAUUUAAUAGAUGGAAGCAGUUUUCCAUUCUUAGAGAUGAUAUAACUUGCAUUGUAAUAUUUUUAUGA